GACAUCCUAGGCCGAGGGCCAACCGGAGAACACCUCCAAGGCGCCAUCCACACUGCCCCCAGCACUCCUGGGCACCCAAAAAAGGGAAGACCCGGCCUCAAGAGGAACCAAAGACUAUGGGCUGCAGGCGCCGGCCCUCUUCACGGCUUGGGACGAGAAGGCGACCCGCCAAUAUCCGCAUCCCACCAUGCCCCAGGGGUCACCCCAAACGCAUGGUACCCCCACACCUCGCCUGGGCAUUGGCUGAUUAAGGACACAAAGAUCGGGGGGGGCCUACAUCCAGCCGCUUCCAGCCAUGGACUUUACUGCUCUGCGGAAAUCCCACUUGGACUGUCCAUCCUACCGACCACAAACCCAGCCUAUAUUGCCUGCACUCUGUUGUACUAA